GUUCCGGCUCCUCGUCGCCGGCCAGCCGGUGGGCGUCGCGGAGGAGAGACACACCAGGCCAAAGUACGGGACUGCCCCUCGCCUCAGUGUAUAAAUACCCGGCCGGCGCCGCCCUCUAGAAGAUUCUGGCCGGCCGCAACCGCAACCGCCAAGAGAGCCGCCCCUCGGAUUCCCCCCGCCCGCCACCACACCCCAGCCAAGCCCAACCCACUGCCGUACGUCGUCGUCACUUCGUCACCAUCCACCCCGUCCGUCCCUCGCUCUCGCCACCUCCCGCUCCCAUAAAGGGCGCCGCGCUGGCCGCCGCGUAGGGCCCCGCGCGCGGGCAGGCGGAUGGCCGACGGCAGCGACGGGGAGGGCGCGGGCGAGAGCUGCUGGCCGGCCCCCGCCGCCGCCGCGUCCGCCCACGGCGGCGGCGGCGGCGGGGUGCAGCUGUCCGACGUCAGGAGGGAGAUCUACGACCGCCUGCGGGCCGUCGGCAACCAGGAGGCGCUCUCCGACCCCUUCUUCGACCGCGUGCUCGAGGACCACUACGAGCGCCUCCCGGCCAGCUACUACAUCGACCUGGACGUGAACAAGGCGGAGGACGUGCUGCUGCACCGCCGGAUCCUCGCCGAGUGCGCCGACCCCGACAACCGCCCCGUCUUCCACGCACGAUUCCUACGGUACCUUCAUGACGACAAACCGUCCGAUGCCGAGUCUGCUCCGAAUCAAAACGGUAAUUGUGGGGGCUCUCUGGCUUCCAAUCUGAGCAACGGCGGAUUAAAAGGAUUUGACGAGCGGCUCAUGGAAGACCUCAGCUUGGGGCGAAGAAAAGGUGUGGACGACUUCGAGGCCAUUUCUGCAAGGCGGGAUACAGAAAUUCCCCUUCUUCAUGAAAUUAUUUUUUCUUCUAAUGACAAGCCAAAGCUCCUUAGUCAGCUAUCUACGCUGCUGUCGGAUCUUGGAUUGAACAUUCGUGAAGCUCAUGUGUUCUCAACAACAGAUGGAUUGUGUUUGGAUGUCUUUGUUGUUGAUGGCUGGGAAACAGAGGAGACAGAUGGUUUGCUGCAGCAGCUCAAGGAGACAGCGAAACGUAAUCCCUCAUUAUCUAAUCUAACAAGUUCCGCCUCGGAGAGAAUAUCAGAGCUGCAAGAAAAGAUUGGAGAAUCUGAAUUUGACAGGGAUCUGUUGCAGAUUGAAGAAAAGAUUGCGUCCGGAUCUUCUGGAGACUUAUAUCGAGGAACUUACCUUGAUGUGGAUGUUGCAAUAAAGUACCUUAGAGCUGAACAUGUUAACGAUAAUUCAAAAGUGGAGUUUUUGCAAGAAAUAAUGAUUUUAAGGAGCGUUAAUCAUGAAAAUGUUGUUCGCUUUUAUGGGGCAUGCACAAAGCAGCGAAAGUAUCUCAUUGUAACAGAGUACAUGGCUGGAGGUAAUCUGUAUGACUUCCUGCACAAGCAUAAUAAAACCUUGGAGCUUUCCUUCAUUCUUAGGAUUGCUAUCGGCAUCUCAAAAGGGAUGGAUUAUUUGCACCAGAAUAACAUCAUCCAUAGAGACUUGAAGUCUGCCAAUUUAUUAAUUGGUGAUGGUCAAGUCGUGAAGAUUGCAGAUUUUGGUGUCUCUCGUCAACGAUCGCAAGAGGGAGAUAUGACUGCUGAAACUGGCACCUACAGAUGGAUGGCACCUGAGGUGAUAAACCAUAAGCCUUAUGAUCACAAGGCAGAUGUCUUCAGCUUCGCUAUUGUUCUAUGGGAGUUGGUCACUUCAAAGGUCCCGUAUGAGAACCUGACACCAUUGCAAGCGGCACUGUCAGUAAGGCAGGGACUUCGCUUGGUGAUUCCCUCGGGCGUGCAUCCAAGAAUAUCUAAAUUGAUUCAACGGUGCUGGGGCGAAAACCCCAAUACACGACCUGUUUUCUCUGAGAUCACCGCGGAACUUGAAGAUAUCUUGCAGCCUAUUCAGGCCGCCUCCAGCUCCAAAGGAGGCCAUCGACAUACCAAACAAAAGAUACAGAUGAAAACACAGCGAUAGAAAGAAGGCGCCUGCUCAUGAAGCUGGACCCUCUUUUGACAUUGCCACGCACUAAAAAGUGCGACAUGCGCACAUCGUCUCCUGUAUAUAUGUCAUGUACAUAAAUUUUUGUGCUCGGUUGUUUCGAUUCCCCCAAAAAUGCUCACAGGACGAACUGGGUUAAGUUAGCACACCCGUGCUACAUAACCUGAGUGAUAUAGUUUUAUGUUUUAUGUGGUUAUUUGUUUUGCGAGUGGCUUAUAGUUCGGUGUGUUUGAAUUUUGGGUCAUGUACGAUUAUGAGUUCGUCUUGUAAGGAACAUGAGAUGAAAAUGCCAUUAUCACAUGUUCCAUUUUGGUUAUUAUUUAACAUACGUUCUUGUCUGGAACACGAUAAAUUAACACGUUUUUGCAGCUUCGUUUGGCAUCAUAUUUUUGCAGGAAACAAUAACAAUUCGGUGGCCACAGGAAUCGAGGGGGAAAAUGAUCCUGAAUGUGGUUGCGCUUGGCCCAGUAAUUAUCACCCAUCUCGGCUCUCGGGUAAUGGAUCUCUUGGCCCAAUUGACAUAUUUACUAUUUCCAUUCCAAGAUAAAAAAAGGUCGAUCGCAAAAAAGAAAAAAGAGGAAAAAAGAUCUUGCUGUUAUGCUCCUAUUCCAGUGCUUUCUAGAUGGCAGGGAGGAGCACAGAGGAGCAUGGAAACAAUAACAACUCUCACUGGCGGCAGAAAUCAAAGGAAAAAAACCCCGUAUGGGGUUGGGCUAGGCUCAUUUGUUGUCAAAAUACUUCAUCUCAGGUGAUAAACCAUAAGCCUUGCGAUCACAAAGCAACUUUAUUAAGGUCCUGCACGAAAAUCCAACACCAUUGCAAGUUGCACUGUCAGUAAGACACAGGGACUUCGCUUGGUCAUCCCCUUGAGCGUGCAUCCGAGAUUGUCUAAAUUGAUUCAACGGUGUUGGAGCGAAAACCUACAUAUGUGCCUGUUUUCUCCAAGAUCACCGCGGAACUGGAAGAUAUAUUGUAGCCUAUUCAGGCCUCCUCCAGCUCCAAAGGAGUUCAUCGACAUUGCAAACCAAAGAUAGUUAAAUCACGUCGGCAACACCCAGGCCUUUAUGGCCUGGUCCUCUAUUUUUCACAUUGUCGCCUUGAAUAAUCGUGUGUGCGUCGACUGUUCCCUGUAUAUAUGUCAUGUAUAUUGAAUUUUGUGCUCGGUCUCCUAAAAUACACGCAGGGAGAACUGGGUUAGGUUGUCGCAUGCAUGCUCGUGCAACAUAACCUAGAGGUGAUAUAGUUUUAUGUGUUGCAUGGUUUUUGGUUUGCAACUGGCUAAUAGUUAUGUACCCUUUGCAUUCUGGUUCAUGUACAAUGAUGAGUUGGCCUUGUAAGAAAGAACAGAUGAAAAUGCCAUCACAUUUUCCUUUUCGGUA